AUGGAGCAAGGCUGCGCCAUAUGUGAUAAAUCAAUAACCAAAAGAGAUUUUUUAAAAUGCGCUUAUUGUAAUGAGCCUUACCAUUUGGACAGUACAAGUGUAUCCACGAAGAGGUUUUACUUAAUGACCAAUGAAAACAAAUCAAACUGGAAAUGCGACAAAUGCUAUUCUACACAAGGCACCAGUUGGGAGAUUAAUCUAUCAACUAAUAACUCAUUUGAAUCCUUAUCUGAUGAAGAAAGCACGGAUUUUACCUCUAUAUCGCACAACAGUAGAUUGCAUGGAAAUUGUUUGGAGGUUGGAAGAUUUAAUAUGGAAGAAAAAAUACACGAAUUGGAGAAACAAAACAGAGAUUUACAAGAAAAACUACAAAGUGCUGAAACUGAAAUUGAACACAUAUUAUUAGAAAACGCAAAUUUAAAGAAAAGUCUUUCAGAACAAGAGGAUAAAUUAAAAAAAUACACAAUAUGUAAUUCUAGCCCUAAGGAUAAUAUAAUUUUUAGAAAAAAGAAAAUAAAUCCUCCAAUGUCCAAUUGCUCCAUUAAUGAGGAUGAGAGUAUAAUUGCGCCAUCUAGUGACAGUCAUGGAACCUACUCACAAUUACUUACCUCCGAUCAAAAUUACGUUACCACCGUGACAUAUCGCAAUGUCUAUAUAUCAACUCCGCCUUCGAAUUUAGAAGGAAAUAUCUCUAUGGAGGAACAAUCACACUACACAAAACCUACCAUCUAUUUAAUUGGCGAUGAACAAGUUAAAGGAUUAACAGAACAACUAAAAAAGACGCGGUCUGAAAAAUGGAAUGAUUGUUACAACAUCAGCAGUAUUACGAAGCCGUUCGCCCCGAGCCAUAAAACUGAAGGAAAGGAGUAA